AUGCAAGCCAAAGGUGACACUACUAUUGAUAUGGAAAUGAUGAUGGAAAGCACAGAACAUUUAAAUAAUUUAAAGAGUGAUUCACUUAAGGAUUAAAUAACUGAUUAGAGUGGAGAGAACUAAAGCUUGAAUCAAAAAAUCAGUUAGAUUGACUUGGAGUUCUAGAAGCUUUUAUGUUAGUUAAUCGAGUCUAAAUUAAGUCAGAAUACAAUUUCAUAAGUACGUGCUUCUAUUUAUUUAAAGGUUCAUGACUUGUUAAAAAGAUUAUCUAGUUCUCUAAUUUUAGAGAUUCCUAAAGGGCCUUAGAUACUUAACAGUCUUUACUAAAUCAUAUUAGUAAGAAAAUCAACAAUCAAAAGAAAUUUUCCAUUCAGUCCAUUGUCUAGUGUAUUGUCAAGAAUCAAAAAAUUGAUCAAGAAAGUGAAAUAGUAGAUACUAAAGAGGUUGAAUUUGUUUCAAAAAUCAAAAGAUCAUCAAAUAAACCACCUUUCUUCAUUUCAUUUGUACAAAUCCUAAUGUAAGAGAACAGAUGAUCAAACAGAGUCAUUGACCAGGCAGCUAUCAUUUGAAUAAUACAAGGAACCUAUCUAUAAACAAAUCACAAUUAUAUAGGGAUAAGGAUUAAUCAGAAUAUGA